CCACCUCUUUUUAACUCUUCCUCUGUUUUCCUUCGCUUUCCUUCCUUUUCUUAACCCCAAAGCCUCUCCCUUUCUUCUCUCAAUCCCACAAGAUGUCACAAUUCGCCCCCUACGAAGUCCAUGAAUGCCGAGGAGUCCUUCGAGUGUACAGCGAUGGCUCCAUCUGGCGCUCUACUGAGCCUAGCUUCAAGGUUCCUGUUCACGAUGAUGGCUCUGUUCUAUGGAAAGAUGUCCUCUUUGAUCCUGUGAAUAAUCUUCACCUCCGACUCUACAAGCCAGCUUCUUCUUCCACCAAGCUCCCGAUAUUCUACUACAUCCACGGUGGUGGGUUUUGUAUUGGGUCUCGAACAUGGCCUAAUUGUCAAAACUACUGUUUCAAGCUUUGUUCAGAGCUUCAAGCUGUGAUUGUUGCACCAGACUACCGUUUGGCUCCUGAAAACAGGCUUCCGGCUGCCAUUGAUGAUGGGUUCUUGGCUGUGAAAUGGCUUCAACGUCAGGCGGUUUCUGAAGAGGCGGAUACAUGGCUUACUGAGGUGGCUGAUUUUGGGAAGGUGUUCAUUUCUGGUGACUCUGCCGGUGGUAAUAUUGCUCAUCAUUUGGCUGUCCGGCUGGAGGCUGGUUCACCGGAGUUGGCUCCUAUUCAAGUCAGGGGUUAUGUGCUAUUGGCACCAUUUUUUGGUGGGACUGCGAGGGCUAAGUCUGAAGCCGAGGGACCGAAAGAUGCUUUCCUUAACCUAGAGCUCAUCGACAGGUUUUGGAAAUUGUCAAUUCCGAUUGGAGAAACAACUGACCACCCGUUGGUGAACCCAUUUGGACCAGAUAGCAAGAGUCUUGAAUCAGUUAAACUUGACCCAAUCCUGGUAGUGGUUGGAGGAAGUGAUCUGCUCAAAGAUCGCGCUAAGGAUUAUGCAGAGAGAUUGAAAACUUGGGGAACGAAGAUUGAAUACGUUGAAUUUGAAGAACAACAACAUGGGUUCUUCACCAUUUAUCCCAACGAUGAAGCAGCAUCAAUGUUGAUGCUCGUCAUCAAAACUUUCAUUUCUGAAAAUUCCUGCUAAAUUUCUAUAUUUGCCUUUUAAGGAUUAAUCUGCAUUCAAACCCCAUCAAUCCUGCUUGUUAUCUGUUGCAUGCUACCAUUAAAUUGAAAUAAAGAGCGAGUCUAAAACUCAAAUUGGUUGUGUGCAAUAUUUCUUCAAACUAUCUCAAUCAUAAUCUUCCAUUUCAGUGGCUUAAUUAUAUUAAAUAAUUUUUUUUGUAUUGAUGUAAUUUAAAUAUUUAAGAUUUGCAUAA